GUGACAACCAACUCCCACUGUAGUUUACAACCUCACUCAGUCCAGGAAAAACGGCACAAAGACAAGCAGCAAAAUGAAGCACCUGCUGUUUUUGGGGAUUGCUUUUGCUACAUUCCACGUCUGCCGCUCGAAUACUCCAGAUUUCUGUAGAUUGCCAUCUGCUGAAGGUGAAGGGACAAACUUCAACAUUAAGCUGUUUUAUAAUAUAACCGCAGAUGAGUGCAAUCCGUUCGUAUUCAAAGGACAAGGAGGAAAUGACAACCGUUUUGACAAUGAAAUCGAGUGUAUAAGAAACUGUUCUGUCAACGCUGAGAAAAUCUACCCCAUGGAUGCCUCCGAAGCUUGCCACUUUAAAAAGGCAAAAGGUCGAUGUAAUGGCAAAUACUUGAUGUACUACUACGAUUCUGUCCAUAAGAAAUGCAAAACGUUCUUUUGGACUGGAUGCGUUGGAAACGGAAACAGAUUUCGCACCAUUGAAAGUUGCAAUUCCACCUGUACUGGCAUCCAUGAUGAAGGUGACGAACCAGAGGAGGAUGAGUCAGACACCCCUAUUGCAAUCAUCUGUGGAGUUUUGCUCGCAGUCAUUAUUGCCAUUAUCAUCACAGUUACGAUUGUCUUGACCGUUAAAUCAAAGAAAAAGAGCUCCAAGAAAAAGGCAGCAGGGAAAAGUAGAGACCCCAAGUUGGAGUCACCUCUUCAAGAGCAGGGACUUGAAAUGUCAUAGAAAAUCAAGCCACCAUGACAGCAAAAUGUGGAGUCUUUACCAGCUUGGUUUUGUAUUAUAACCCUUCUAGUCUGGAUACCAAACAUAUCAGCUAAUUAUAACAUUUAAGCUGAACUUUGAUGUUUUAUUGACAUGGUAUAUUCAUUACAAUACUGUUCAAUUUUCUAUUUUGCUUCCCCUCUAAAAUAUGUGCAAGGUGCUCUUUAUAAAGUUGUAUUUUUUCUAGGGAGGUUCAUCCUUUACUUUCAUCCAGCAAUCCAAAACAAAUCUGAUUAGUUUAAGUGAAAUCAAAAGAGUUAAUAGUUAGUUAAUCGACAUUAGUAAAUAGUAAAAAAUUCAUUAGUAACCAGUCUGUCAUCUGACAA